AUGCCACCAGCGUCGACGGCUCGUAGCUCGGCUUAUCUCACAGCUCUUACUCAAGAAAUUGACAAGAAGCUUCAACGUGCAUUAGCUUCGACAUCGCAGAGGCGCAAUUUGUUGCAGGAGUUAUUCGUGGAUAUAGCUUUGGAAGUUGAUGAUCGUGCUAAAGAUAUCAUUUUUGGUGGGGAGGAUAUAAUCUCUCUGGCUGAGGAUGCAAGUCAGAGCCCAAUAUGCUUCUACAACGUGCUUGCCGAUCAUUUUGUUCAAAUGCCAGAGACUGUAAAAUCAAUCCUUGAUCUGAUUGUGCAACUUUGGAGCCAGUCAUUUACAUCUAAUAUUUUUUCCCUCUUGUUCCACAAGUGGUUAUUCGAAGUUCAGCUUGAUAACCCUGAAGCCAUGCUCCGGUACUCCUCUGCUCUCGUCCAAGGAGCUACAAGUGUCUUCUGGAUUGACAUCCAAACAAAUGCAAGACGUUUCCAGAGUCUCUUUCAGUAUCUUCUAGAAGAUGUUGCUCUAGUUUCCGAGCGAUUGAAGAAGAUCCCCCUACAGGCUCAGCAAGACCUGUUUCUUCUCCUCUCAAGGAUCAUGUUUUUUUAUAAUUCAGUUGACAAACUUGAAAGUUUUUUAAAGAAAUUUCCUGAUUAUCCAACUGCUUUCUUGAUUGGGGGUCCAGCAGACAUUUUUGUUAUUGAAUUAUCUGAUCAGCUUCAAAAGUUGAAGGUGGAGCCAGUGCUUUUGCAUUAUCUUUCACAAAUUAAAGCACUCCAGGGCCUAGAACUUAGAAUGACAACAAGUACAAGACUGAGAACAUGUUUGUACAGCUUCACAUCUCCAGGUGGCCCUAUGUAUCCAACAAGAGCUGUUCGUCAUGCAGCAUGGGAAGCUUUAGAUUUUCUCUUUCCUAUUGGGAGAUAUCCUCGGCAUCUCAUAAGUCUAUUCUUCAGAUUGCUUUAUCCAUGGUACUUGCCCUCAUCGUGUUGGAACUUUGUACUCUCUUGUUUACAAGCUGUACUGUAUUCUCUGUUUGGAUUCAUUUUUUCUGGUUUGGGGAAAUUGACAAAACUGAAGAACUCGUAG